CAAAGCCCACACCCCGACAAUCGGAAACCUCAACUUGUCGCAGCUGGUCCUGCUGGCUUCGUGUUUGCGCUUCAGCAACAAGGACGCUUUUCCGAAACAGAAGUUCGCUGAGUUGCGGGACGUGGUAAUGAAGAACUUACUCCGCCGGAGAAGAGAAUUGUUGGAACGUGGACUGUAUGCAACUGUGCAAAACAGGUUUAUCGUAAAGAAAAUGGUGCUUGCAGUAGACUAAAAGUGUGUCAUCAGAUGAUGAACGAGAAACAUGAUCUAACUCCUGAGCUCUGAUGAACUACAACUUACUGUGAUGUGAAGAAUAAAGUGCUUCAGCUUUGCUACAUGUCUGUACCUGCCGCAUGAUGAUGAAAGAAUCUUUGCACACAUGCAUAUCUGGUUUGUCGAAGCGAUGCUGAACUUGGGUGGUAUGUAUGCGAGAGUAAACGCUGCGAGAAGUCGAAGUGGAAGAAGCGGGACAGCUAAAAGUUCUAGGGCCUCGAGUUCUGCGUCGAAUUCUCUCAACCUCCGCACGCGGAAUUUGAUUACCAGGACGAUUCUGGAAGAUUUUUUUCACGAUGAUAUUUUGAACGAACAAAGUGGAGAAGCUUGUCAUGCAGUUUCACCGCAGCUGCAAGGAAUUGCGGAUCUUCGCCGGCUUCCCCUCGCUUGCGCCGCCUGCCAAAUCCAGGAGGAAGAAGUGUUCGAGAAAUGGUGGAAACAGAUCGCGGCUAUUGCUGCUAGGACGAAAGAACGGCUACGGAAGAUGAAAAAGGGUGUUGUAGAAGAAAUGCCGAGUCGCGAUCUUCAGGGGAUCACUGCGAGUGCAAGCGCUUCAUGUCGAAGAAAAUCAGAGGACUCCGCAGGAAAUAGUACGGAUGUUGAAGUACUACAAAGGGUCA